UAGCUAGGGUUUCAAUGUAACGGGGCCUCUGAGGGGAGAGGAGCGAGGGAGAGCGAGCGGCGGAGAAGUCCGAGAGAGAGAGAGAGAGAGGGUUCCUUUGCGCCUCCGCCAAUAUGGGUAUCUCGCGAGACUCCAUGCACAAGAGGCGCGCAACGGGAGGGAAGAAGAAGGCCUGGAGGAAGAAGAGAAAGUAUGAGUUGGGCCGCCAGCCGGCAAACACAAAGCUUUCUAGUAACAAAACUGUCAGGAGGGUUCGUGUUCGUGGAGGAAAUGUGAAAUGGAGGGCCCUCCGUUUGGAUACUGGCAAUUACUCUUGGGGAAGUGAGGCUCUAACCCGAAAGACUCGUAUCCUUGAUGUUGUGUACAAUGCCUCAAACAAUGAGCUUGUGAGGACACAGACCCUGGUGAAGAGUGCCAUUGUCCAGGUUGAUGCUGCCCCCUUCAAGCAAUGGUACCUCCAGCACUAUGGUGUUGAGAUUGGUAGGAAGAAGAAGGCCCCGGCUGGUACCAAGAAGGAAGCAACAGAGGAGGGCGAAGGUGCGACCGAAGAAGCAAAGAAGAGCAACCACGUACUCAGGAAGCUGGAUAAGCGUCAGCAGGGCCGUAAACUUGAUCCCCACAUUGAGGAACAAUUUGGCAGCGGGAGAUUGUUGGCUUGUAUCUCAUCCCGUCCCGGCCAGUGUGGCAGAGCUGAUGGAUACAUAUUGGAAGGGAAGGAGCUGGAGUUCUACAUGAAGAAGAUCCAAAGGAAGAAGGGCAAGGGUGGUGCAGGUGCUGCUUGAGUGGACUUUGUUAAGUUGCUUGGUUCUUCAGUUUUAUUUACUCGUUUGAAUUAAUGUAGACUGAGAACAAUUGAUGGGUCCUUUGAAAUGUUGACAUGCAUUUUAGCUGCUAGAGAUGAGAACAAUUUAUUGCUACUGUUAAUCAUUAUAUAUUUCCCAAUCAGAGCAUUCAAUAGCACGUUGGUCUGACUUUAAAAUGCGAACUUUGA